AUGCCGAACGCGGAGAUGAAGAGCAACAUAUGGCCACUUCGGACCGGUAGCCGUCGUGAAGGCAUGUCGCGAGGUUCGAUACCUAAUCGGGAAAGACCGGCUACUUCGGUGUGGCUUGGAGCGAAGCGCGCGCUUGGCCGAGCGGCGUCAAGUGGCCCUAUUGUUCGCCGAAUACGGAAGAUGUUCCGAGAUCUAUGCACGAGGUGUCGGGACGACCGUGCCGAGCUUCGACUCGCCUAUCGCAAGGCCUUGGGCGCCAUCCGCGACGAGGAGACGGAGCUGCGCGUUGCCGCCGCCGUCAAGCAACUCGCCGAGCGGGCAUCGGAAUCGUGGGUCGAGUGGGCGCGCGGGGACUGGCCCGAGCUUGCGACCGCCAUCGACGCCGAGGCCGCGAAGCGUGCGAAGGCCGCCGAGGAACGUCGCCUCGAAGACGAACGGCGUCGGAAGGAGGAAGAGGAACGGCGCCUCGAAGACGAACGUCGCGCGCAAGAGGCCGCUGAUGAGGAGUUGGCGCAGAUCGCGGCCGCCGAAGGCCUUCUUUCUGACCCCGCGCCUGCCGGUGUCGACAAGGGGAAGGGGCGCGCGAGGGUCGACGAGGAAGUCGCCGAACUGUCGGACGACCCUUCGAUCAAGACUCCUCGGACGGUCGAACGUCCGCUCGCGAUGACCGAGGUCGACAUGGCCGCCGCGGCGAUUGAGAAGCGCCAGUCGGGACAGAAGUGCGACCGUUGCGCCGGCUACCGCUCGGCCCCGGUCGAUUGCGUGUGGGCCGAGAACGCCACGACUUGCGAUAGGUGCGCGCAGUUCCAGCAGGGAUGCUAUUUCGACAAGGUGUCUGUGCUUGGGAAGACCAAGAAAACGCGCGGCGGGGGAUCUACCACCAAGAAGCGCGCGGCGGGGGAUCUACCACCAAGAAGCGUAGUAAUUCGGCCAGCCUCUCCUGGGCCUUCGGUCGCGGACGCGAGUGGUUCGAAGAAGCGCCGAGUCGACGAGCCUCCGCGACCCCUUCUACGAUGGCCUCUCGAUGGGGCCAGCCGCCUGGGCCUCGAACAGGACGACCUCGACGCUCUUGACAUCGACGACGAAUCUCGGGGAAUAAUUCGCGUCAUCCGCGAGGAGCGUGCUCACAUCGCGCGCCGUCGAGCGCUCCUUCACGACAUGGACCUCGACCUCCAGAAGAUGGAGAAGGACGCGCUCGCGAAGGGGGGAAUCGGGUUCGUGCGCGGGGCUGUUGACGAGGACUAG